UUUUUUUUUUUUUUUUACAAUUAUUCUUUACAUAGCAGUUAUCAAAACGAACCCACUGUAUUUUACUUCCUAAUCAGUAGCGGGGUUAGUGUAUCAUACAUAUUAGUAAAUUUAAGGUCUUAAAAGUAUUGCCAUUAAAAACAUUUCAUUAUCUACGGAUAUGAGAAAUUUUGUUUAGGAAGCUUAAGAGAAUUAAAGCACUUAGGUCAGUACAGUGAUUGGUCAAUCUUAAGAGACGAUUCAUAUCAAAGAUGCAAUGUACAGUUGUGUGCGAGAAAAUAAUUUAUCUUCAAGUCUUCAGACAGGAAGCAGGAAGAUAAAUCCUGCAGUAGUUUUAACAAUGAUGGAGGUUUUCAAAUUGAAAUGAAACAAGUCCAUCUACAGUGUUAAAGUAUUUAUACGGAUAAAAGAAAUUUUCUUUAAAAAUUCUACUCAAUUUUAUUUUGGAGAGAAUAUUUGUGCUAGAAAAAAAUCAUCAUUUAUGGUAAUGUGCCUGUGAAUGAAAACAAGAAAACAGGAAGUGGUUUUCGUGUCAUCAAAGAUGAAGUGGACCACGUUUCUGUACAUCCAAGUUAGCUAUUUCAUUUAUGUACAGUCCUACGAUCAGCUGGUGAGGCCCGGAGUUACGAGGGCUGUGAGUAGUUCUGUAGCUUAUGAAGGCUAUCCAAACAAGACAGUGGACGGAGACAGUCGACAAAGUAAUUACACGUACUGCAUGCACACAACAGAGAGACAAACAGUGGCAUGGCUCAGAGCUGACUUAGGACGGGUCUACAAUCUGAGAUCUGUUAAAAUAUGGUAUAGAAAUGACAAUCCACCACAUAGUACAAAGAGAUUACAGGGAUUCUCCAUCCGCCUAUCAAACACACCUACACAUGUCCCCAGUGACACCUGUUACCAGGAUCCUGGUGACCAAACUCUGCCUGCCGUGUUAGAGAGAGAAUGCCGGGGAGCAGCCCGAUAUGUUUGGUUCUAUACAAACAGAGACAAUGGCGGUGGGGUGUUCCUUGAAAUAUGUGAAGUGGAAAUAUUUGGCUGUAACGAAGGGUAUUACGGCAAAAACUGUAGUUUUGUCUGUGGACAUUGUGCGGAAAACGCAACGUGUGAUGUAGUGGAUGGUUCGUGUCCUUCUAAAUAUUGUGAAGCAGGAUGGAAGCAAACAUCUGAUCGGAAAUGUAACCAAGUCUGCAAGAAAGGAUUAUACGGCUCAAACUGCGCUCAUUCAUGUGGACAUUGUCAGGGAAACAAAUCAUGUCAUCACGUUAAUGGUUCAUGUCCUAAUGGACAUUGCAAACCAGGCUGGAAACAUACAAAUAAAUUGAAAUGUGACGAAGAGUGUGAUGACGGACGUUAUGGACUCUACUGCGGGUAUAAUUGUAGUGGUCACUGCGCUGGCGGACAACCCUGUAGGAAGAGAGACGGUGUGUGUGCCGAUGGGUGUAAAGAUGGGUGGACAAAUUCCUACUGCAAUAAAACUUGUGAGAAAGGAUCCUACGGCCGUAACUGUAGUCGUGAUUGUGGACAUUGUCAAGGAACGCCUCCAUGUUAUUACGUGAAUGGUUCUUGUCCUACACGAGAGUGUAAACCAGGAUGGAAGCAAACAUUAGAUCGAAAAUGUGACCAAGCUUGUGAGAAAGGAUCCUACGGCGAUAACUGUAGUGGGAUCUGUGGACAUUGUAAAGGAGGGGUUCCAUGUGAUCACUUGAAUGGUUCUUGUCCUUCACGAGAAUGUGAACCAGGAUGGAAGCAAACAUCAGAUAGGAAAUGUGACCAAGUCUGUGAGAAUGGAUCCUACGGCCCUAACUGUCACCAUGCCUGUGGACAUUGUAAAGGAGAGGAUAUAUGUGAUCACGUGAAUGGUUCUUGUCAUACACGAGAGUGUGAUCCAGGAUGGAAGCAAACAUUAGAUCGGAAAUGUGACCUAGCUUGUGAGAAAGGAUCCUACGACGAUAACUGUAGUGGGGUAUGUGGACACUGUAAAGGAGGGUUUCCAUGUGAUCACGUGAAUGGUUCUUGUCCUUCACGAGAAUGUGAACCAGGAUGGAAGCAAACAUCAGAUAGGAAAUGUGACCAAGUCUGUGAGAAUGGAUCCUACGGCCCUAACUGUCACCAUGCCUGUGGACAUUGUAAAGGAGAGGAUAUAUGUGAUCACGUGAAUGGUUCUUGUCGUUCACGAGAGUGUGAUCCAGGAUGGAAGCAAACAUCAUAUCGGAAAUGUGACCGAGCUUGUGAGAAAGGAUCCUACGGCGAUAACUGUAGUGGGAUCUGUGGACAUUGUAAAGGAGGGGUUCCAUGUGAUCACGUGAAUGGAUCUUGUCCUUCACGAGAAUGUGAACCAGGAUGGAAGCAAACAUCAGAUAGGAAAUGUGACCACGUCUGUGAAAAAGGAUCCUAUGGCGCUAACUGUAGUCGUGGUUGUGGACAUUGUAAAGGAAAUGAUACAUGUGAUCACGUGAAUGGUUCUUGUCCUACACGAGAGUGCGAACCAGGGUGGAAGGAAACAUCAGAUCGAAAAUGUGACCAAGCCUGUGCAAAAGGAUUUUAUGGCGCUAACUGUAGUCGUGGCUGUGGACAUUGUAAAGGAAAGGCUACAUGUGAUCACGUGAAUGGUUCUUGUCCUUCACGAGAGUGUGAACCAGGAUGGAAGCAAACAUCAAAUAGGAAAUGUAACAAAGCCUGUGCAAAAGGAUCUUACGGCACUAACUGUAGUCGUGAUUGUGGACAUUGUAAAGGAAAGACUAAAUGUGAUCACGUGAACGGUUCUUGUGCUUCACGAGAGUGUAAACCAGGAUGGAAACAAACGUCAGAUUUGAGAUGUGAUCAAUCUUGCGAUGAUCAAAUGUAUGGAAAAAACUGCAUGAAAUAUUGUAGUGGUAACUGCGCCGAAAAUGAAUCAUGUCAUAAAACAGAUGGUCAGUGUCCCGGUGGGUGUGCAGACGGUUGGAGGGGAAAGAGAUGUUCCAGAGAAUGCAAAAAAGGAUACUACGGUAGAAAUUGUAGCCAGGAAUGUGGACAUUGUGCAGGAAACAAAACAUGCAAUCCCGUGAACGGUUCCUGUCCUGGUUCUUGUCAACCAGGAUGGCAGCAAACACCUGAUCAGAAAUGCAACCGGGAAUGCAAACAAAGAUUCUACGGCAGAAAUUGUAGCCAGAAAUGUGGAUAUUGCGCAGGAAACAAAACAUGCAAUCAUGUGAAUGGUUCCUGUCCUGGAUCUUGUCAACCAGGAUGGCAGGAAACGUCUGAUCAGAAAUGUAACCGAGAUCAGUUGGUCAGGCCCAGAGUUACGGAGGCUGUGAGUAGUUCUGUAGGAUGGGGAGGAUAUCCAAACAAGACAGUGGACGGAGACAAGACACAGAAUCCUUACACGUACUGCAUGCACACAGCAACCGGACAAAGAGAGGCGUGGCUCAGAGUUGACUUAGGAGAUAUCUAUAAUUUGAAAUCUGUUAAGAUAUGGUAUAGAAACGACAAUCCACCACAUAAUACAAAGAGAUUACAAGGAUUCUCCAUCCGCCUGUCAAACACGACUAUACCUGUCCCCAGUGACACCUGUUACCAGGAUCCUGAUGACCAAACUCUGCCUGUCGUGUUAGAGAGAAAAUGCGGGGGAGAGGCCCGAUAUGUUUGGUUCUAUACAAACAGAAACAAUAACGACGGGGUGUUCCUUGAAAUAUGCGAGGUGGAGGUUUUCGGAUGCCAGUCUUCCUAUUACGGUAGAAAUUGUUCAGAAAGAUGUGGCCCUUGCGGAGGCAAGAAACGUUGUGAUAACAUCAACGGAUCCUGCCCUGGAUCAUGUGAACCUGGAUAUAAAGGACCAAAAUGUAAAACAGGGUGCAAGAAAGGAUUUUAUGGUACUAGCUGUAGUCAAGUCUGUGGACAUUGUGCAAAAAACGCAACAUGUGAUCACGUGACUGGUUCUUGUCCUUCUGGGUACUGUGCACCAGGAUGGAAGCACACAUCUAAUCGGAAAUGCGAUCAAGAGUGUGAUGACGGACGGUAUGGACUCCAGUGCAAGAAAACAUGUAGUGGUCACUGCGCUGGUGGACUACCCUGUAGGAAAACUGACGGUGUAUGUACCGGGGGGUGUACGGAUGGAUGGACAAAUUCUUACUGCAAUAAAAGGUGCAAGAAAGGAUUUUAUGGUACUAGCUGUAGUCAAGUCUGUGGACAUUGUGCAAAAAACGCAACAUGUGAUCACGUGACUGGUUCUUGUCCUUCUGGGUAUUGUGCACCAGGAUGGAAGCACACAUUUAAUCGGAAAUGCGAUCAAGAGUGUGAUGACGGACGGUAUGCACUUCAGUGCAAGGAAACAUGUAGUGGUCACUGCGCUGGUGGACUACCCUGUAGGAAAACUGACGGUGUAUGUACCGGGGGGUGUACGGAUGGAUGGACAAAUUCUUACUGCAAUAAAAGGUGCAAGAAAGGAUUUUAUGGUACUAGCUGUAGUCAAGUCUGUGGACAUUGUGCAAAAAACGCAACAUGUGAUCACGUGACUGGUUCUUGUCCUUCUGGGUAUUGUGCACCAGGAUGGAAGCACACAUCUAAUCGGAAAUGCAAUCAAGAGUGUGAUGACGGACGGUAUGGACUCCAGUGCAAGAAAACAUGUAGUGGUCACUGCGUUGGUGGACUACCCUGUAGGAAAACUGACGGUGUAUGUACCGGGGGGUGUACGGAUGGAUGGACAAAUUCUUACUGCAAUAAAACCUGUGAGAAAGGAUUCUACGGCCCUAACUGUCUUCGUGGCUGUGGACAUUGUAAAGGGAAUGCUAAAUGUGAUCACGUGGAUGGUUCUUGUCCUUCACGAAAGUGUAAACCCGGAUGGAAGCAGACAUCAGAUCGGAAAUGUGAUCAAGCCUGUGAGAAAGGAUUCUACGGCCCUAACUGUACCCAUGUCUGUGGACAUUGUAAAGGAAAGGCUAAAUGUGAUCACGUGAAUGGUUCUUGUCCGUCACGAAAGUGUAAACCUGGAUGGAAGCAGACAUCAGAUCGGAAAUGUGACCAAGCCUGUGAGAAAGGAUUAUAUGGCCCUAACUGUAUCCGUGGCUGUGGACAUUGUAAAGGGGAGGCUAAAUGCGAUCACGUGAGUGGUUCUUGUUCGUCACGAGAAUGUAAACCUGGAUGGAAGCAGACAUCAGAUCGGAAAUGUGACCAAGCCUGUGAGAAAGGAUUCUACGGCCCUAACUGUACCCAUGUCUGUGGACAUUGUAAAGGAAAGGCUAAAUGUGAUCACGUGAAUGGUUCUUGUCCGUCACGAAAGUGUAAACCUGGAUGGAAGCAGACAUCAGAUCGGAAAUGUGACCAAGCCUGUCAGAAAGGAUACUACGGCCUUAACUGUCGUCAUGCCUGUGGACAUUGCAAAGGAAUGGCUACAUGUGAUCUCGUAAACGGUUCUUGUCCUCCAGAACAGUGUGAACCAGGAUGGAAGCAAACUUCAGAUUGGAAAUGUGAUCAAGAAUGUGACAACGGAUCUUUUGGAUUUCUGUGCAACUCGACAUGUAGUGAAGGCUGUUUCUCUAUUUGCAACAAAACGAGUGGAUCAUGUGACCAAUGUCUGACCGGAUAUACAGGUGUAUUCUGUAACGUAUCGGUUUCAGAAUCAGGACAAAAAACGGCAGUGAACGCAGCAUUAGCAGGAGGUGUAGUGGGCCUCAUAGUUUUCGUCAUAGCAACCAUUCUUCUUGUAGUUAUCAUCACUAGGAAAACACAGAAGAAAAAGCCAACUGAAAUAGAAUUAGCGGAGACUGCAGAGGAUAUUGCAGAAAAACCAGAGAGGAGAGCUGACACAACACCUGGGGGAAGCGGAUAUGUCGAAAAGAAUGCUGAACCCAAUGGAAGCGUACAGCGGAAAACACUCAUGAAAAUAGCUGAUCUCGGGGAAGUAAUCAAGAGCCUGUCUAUGGAAGAAAAUGAGAAAUUUAAUGAAGAAUUCAAGGGAAUUCCAUACGGUGAACAAAGCCAUAUUCCGUGCGACGUUGCCAAGAUGGCGCAGAACAUGCCGAAAAACCGAUACAAGACAACGUUUCCUUAUGACCAUUCUCGUGUUGUUUUGACUGUUUCUCCCGAAAAUGACUACAUAAAUGGAAAUUACAUAAAGGAUACGAAAAGACAAAGAGAAUACAUCGCUACCCAAGGUCCAACGAAGAAUACGGUACAAAAUUUCUGGGCUAUGAUCUGGCAAGAGAAUAUCCGGGUUAUAGUCAUGUUGACGAAUUUGACGGAAGGAUCAAAGAUUAAAUGUCACCAAUACUGGCCUGAACACGGUGAGAUGACAUCGGGAUCAUUCCGUCUACGGGUCAUAUCUCAGAGGUCCUCAGCGAACUACAUCCGGCGUGACAUCAACAUCACCCACAUAGAGACAAACGUUGUUAGGACCUUGAAUCACAUGCACUACACAGCAUGGCCUGAUCAUGGAACUCCUUCACCAGUAGAGCUCCUCGUGUUUUAUCGUCACGUCAAGCAGUUAAAGCAGAUGUAUCCCGAAAGUCUUCUGGUUGUACACUGCAGCGCCGGUAUCGGGAGGACUGGAACCUUCAUUGCGCUAGAUGCCUUGUAUAAGCAGGGUCAGAUGGACGGGUUGAUUGACGUGGUGCGCUAUGUCAACAUCAUGAGAGAAGACAGAAUGAACAUGAUACAGAAUGUGGGUCAGUACAUCUUCUUGUACAACGCCUUGAACGAGAUUUUUCAAUUCAACGGGAGGUUGUUGAAAAAGGAACAAUUCAUACAGGAAGUGACGUCACAGUUGAUGUCAAAUCAAGCUGUCAAUGCUUCCUAUUUCAAGAAAGAAUAUAAUGAACUGGUGUCCAUAAGACCAACAUUGAGUGUGGAGGAUACAAAGGAAGCAAAGCAACACAUCCAUCUCAACAUGACAAAGACUGUCCUUCCGGCAGACAAGGCAAGAACUGUGUUGACCUCUUAUGUCGGUGGGAGAGGUAAUUACUACAAUGCCGUGUCCAUUUCGACAUACACACUGAGGGACGGCCUGAUUGCUGCGCAGUAUCCUGUGGAGGGAGCCGCAAUCGAUCUAGUGCGCAUGCUCAUUGAUCACGAUUCCAGCGUCCUGAUUUCCUUCAAUCAGCUUUCAGACAUCGCUUCAUCUGCAGAGUGGUUUAAAACGUCAGCGGAGAGAGGUGUCAUUUCUCCUUAUAAGACGAUUCUGGGCAAAAGUCGAAAAAUAUCGGAAAAUGUCCGAAUGACUUCCGUGAAAAUGAAGCAUGGCAAGGCUUCUAAUUGGCAUGAUGUCAGCGUAUUUGAAAUUCUGAACUGGAAGAUAAAAAAUCAACUUCCGGCGGAAACGAAUGCAUGUGUGGAAUUGAUCAACGAAGUGAUGGAAGUUCUCAAGGACAAAGAAACAAAAAUCACAGUGUUGUCAAGAGACGGGGCGACCGGAUGUGGAGUGUUUUGCGCUAUUUAUAACGCCGUACAACAGCUAAAACUGGAUGACGAGGUGGAUAUGUUUACCGUCGUCCGGCAGCUACAGAUACGUAGACCGGAAAUGAUAUCCAGCUUGAGUGAGUACCAGUUUUGUUGCAAAGUCGCCGCAAUCUUCUUCUCGGCGUGCUCGGAUGCCAUUUAUGAGAACUCGCCGGGACGAGUAGAAGUUCCGCCCACAGAGGAGGAGAACCUAUACGCCAACACCAGUGUGUAAAUUACGCGACAUUGUAUGUUAGUGUACUCAAGCGAUAAUACAUAUAUCAGGUACAUAUAUGUAUAGUACACAACAUUCUGACGAUGUCUACUCUAAAGAUGUAUUCAACUUCUACACUUUGUACGCAUUGAUUGAUAUAAUUAAUCGAUAUACUAUUUAUCCAUAGAUUUAUUUAUUUAUCUACUUGUAUUGAUCUUUUUUACAUGCGUCUACAUUUAUAUUUAUUCAUCUACCUGUAUUUAUUUAUAUUCACUUUUGAUUCUACAUGUAUUCUAAGGACAUAUGCGACAUUUCUGACAUUUUGUCUGAAAUUAUUUUUUCAUCACCUCGAGAUGGAGAGUUCUUGUAAAUAUGUUGAAAUUUUGUAUUAUAGUAAUAUUACCAUGCUUUGUAUAUCGGCCCGGGUAGAUCAAUGGGUAGGUCACCUAACUAAUAAUGCGAGGGUUCCGGGUUCGAUACCCGAUUGUUUCAAAUAUUUUACUUUCCUUCUUUGCUACAAUGUCCAUUUACAACUUGACUAUACAUUCUUACUAGCAACAACCAGGAACUAUCAAAAUAUGCUAACUCUAAAACAGUCAUGGUAAUAUAUCCCAAUAUCUUUUUGGUAGAAACAAGAUACAAUGUAGUACGUGAAAGGUCACGAAAAUAAUACAUUAUUAUUGUGAAACGUCGCGUAUGCUCCUAUAUCCUUAUCUUUAGCUAAUCUGGUUAAAACCAGAUUGAUCUUUACAUAUGUAGCUCACUUGCGUUGAAAAUUCCUUUGGGGUUUUCUGAUCGAUAUGUUUGAGGUCUGUCCGUAGAUCCUGUUUACCCUAACGUAAAGGGGAUGCAAGUGUGUUUGGUUUUUUUUUUCAAACGAAGGGUUAUACCCCCUCUUGUCGACCGGAGGAAAGUGAAAACAGAUGAAAGUCUUAGAUAUCCUUCUCAAGAACCAUGCAGAUCCGAUGAUCAUCUAUAGAGAAGACAGGUUCUAUAGUUUUGAUAGAUCCAAUGCAUAUCUGUAUUUAUUUCUGAUAGAUCACAUGUACAUUUAAAUAUUUGAUAGAUCACAUGUACAUUUAAAUAUUUGAUAGAUCACAUGUACAUCUAUGUAUUUGAUAUAUUCCAUGUACAUCUAUGUAUUUGAUAGAUCACAUGUUCAUCUAUGUAUUUGAUAGAUCACAUGUACAUCUAUGCAUUUGAUAGAUUCAAAUUAAAUGUAAAUCUAUAUAUUUGAUAGAUCCCAAUAUACAUAUAUUUGACAGAUCCCAUAUACAUAUAUAUGUAUAGAUAUAUAUUUGAGAGAUCCCAUGUACAACUAUAUAUUUGAUAGAUCCCAUGUACAACUAUACAAUUGAUUGAUCCAUUCUAAAUGUACAUCUACAGUAUUUGAUAAAUUCAGAUUCCAUGCAAAUAUAUGGAUUAGAUAGAUUUUUUGUGCAUCAGAUUAUUAGAUUAUUUUUAAACCGUGAGAAUGUCUCCUGAGGUCACAAUUAACAAGUUCUGGGGUUCAUUUAAUCUUAGAAAAAUAUCGGAGGGAAAAUGAAUGUUUUUUACCUGUACAAUUCUACAUAUAGAGGAGAUUCAAGUUUUUCCAACCAUGACCUGUGGGGUUCCAACCAUGAACUGGGGGGCUCCAAUAGUUGUAUACAGAUAUGAAUCGGAAUAUUUUGGGGAAAAUGACACGUAGAUACUCUUUUUUCAUGUUAAUUUAACUUUGAUCACCCCCCCCCCCCUCCAGGACAAGGUAAGGUGACAACAGUGGUGGUGGUGGUGUAUUUGCAUCACGAGUAAUGCAUGUGACCUAAUUUUUUAAAUUCUUUUUAUUACAUCAUCAUUUUCAUAUUUAAUUAUUAAGAAAUACUUUUAAUAUAUUAUUGUAUAUAUAUGAACUUUGUUAUGGUUUUUUGUGUGUGAAUAGUGCUGGUUGUAUGCACGGAUCGAGAUUUUUUCACCUUUGUCCAGGAAAUGGGUGCAAGAUUUAAAUCAAAUCAAAUUGUCAAAAAAUAUGUUUUAUCAAAUAUCUCGGGUGGGGGGGGGGUGCAGACUUCCGGUUUCUCUUCAGGAUCCGCGUAUGCAUAGUACUUUAUAUUCCUAUAUUUUUUGUACUCUCUUCUAAAAAAUAAAUACCAUUAAAUCAUCA